AUGGAGUCACAGGGCAAAAGGAUGAAGUACAAGCUCGCUCCGGGCACCCAGCCUAGCGGCCUCCAGUCGGGCACGGAAGAAGGUUGGAUCAGCACCCACCAGAAGGGUUAUCAUCGCUGUCUGACGUUGAGCAUCUCUGCGGGUUGGAGCUACAGGCACUGGCAGAUGGGACCCCACAAGGAUUGGAACGAUGCGUUUUCCAAGUACCGGACCCAGCUUGAGGAGAUCAAAGGAAUCCAGGAGGAGGUGAUGUGGCAAAAACUCGUGGAGCUUGACAAAGGCUCAUGCAUUUCGACGUGCAACUUCGAUGGGCGCAAUGGCUUGGUGGAAAAUCAUCGUUACACCCUGGUGCAUUGCGUUGAAGUGAAUGGCUUUAAACUGGUUGGAUUGCGAAAUCCUUGGGGGCAUACCGAAUGGAAAGGCGCAUGGAGUGACCAGAGUGAAGAGUGGGAAGCCCAUCCAGAGGUGAAAGAGGCAUUGAAAUUCACAUCUGAGGAUGAUGGUCUUUUUUGGAUGGACUUUGCUGACUUCUACACGAAAGCUGGCGAAGUUUGCUGCAAUGUGGCCCCAAAUCCUUUGCCACGUCAUGCCUCACUCGUGGUGCAUAGAUGA